AACAAGAAGAAAGCAAGGAAAGUCAAAUAUGUACAGCGACGGAAGAUGGAGGCCAAGCUUGAUAAAAGAGGGGAGCCGGAGGGGAGGGGGAGGGGGAGGUCAGAUGCUGUGAGUCGCUAGGACAUGAAAACGAUUGAAAGCAUGAAGAACCAAGAAUUGGAAAGGAACGAAGAGGGCAAAGUGAAACAUGUGUUUCUGAAACGAAUGCAACAGCGUGGGUCAAGGAUUAAUUUGAGGGUGGGAACACACUCCGCAUCAUCGCUUGACAAUCUUCCCAUCCCCCCUCCCCCCCAAAAAGAGAUCAAAGGAAACGAAGACAGACUUGUCAGAGAUGCUCAGCCAUGAAAGUAUUAUAGACAUAGUGAAUCUUCCGAGAUGGCAUGGGCUGGUCUAUCAGAUAUUAGAAUUAGAAAAGAGGGAAUGCGAUUAAUUCCUGC